UCACGUUCAGGGUUUAAAUUAAACCAGGACUAAGCUAAUCUUGUUGUAACUUAAUCCAUGCUAAUCUUGUGGCUUUCUGAGUUGUUAUUUAACCUCAGAUUAAGUAGUUCUAGACUACAGAGUCUCUGACUAAGGUAAUCAAGGACUAGUCAGAUCAUGUGUUGGAAGCUGGAUCAGGUUAACAAUGUGCACAUGGUGCAAAAGUGAGGUUGCCAUGAAAACCUGGGCUGGAAUUUUCUUACUAUAAAUAAUUGCAGUCCACAUGUCUGGAACAGGAGUAUGAGCGCUGAUUGAACAUGGAGAAAGAGAAAAGGAAGCGGUCAAAAAACUUCAGUGAAACUGAGAAGGAGCUGUUCAAGGACAUAAUUCCAAGAUACCCUAUAAUUGAAGUCAAGCAUCAUGAUUCAACCACAGAAACCAAAAAACGAAAUGCAUGGACUGCAAUUGUGAAUGAAUUCAACUCAAAUGAAACAGUAACCAACAGGACCAUCCAUCAACUUCAGGUCCUGUGGAAAAACAUCAAAAUACAGCGGAAGAAAAAAACAGCCAUUGCUCGUAGGGAGCGUUUCAAGACAGGUGGGGGACCUCCCGUUAAACCCCAGACAGAUGACCUGGGAGACAUGUUGACUGGGAUGAUCGACAGGCAACAACCCUUGGAAGGUAUCCCAGAUGAUGAUCAUCUGGACAGUUCAGAACAUGAUGACCUGAGCGUGAAUCAGAUGUCAGAGGAGCCAGAACCGGGUCAGAAAAAGCUGACCUCUGCACCUGUGGCAGCAGCCAGUAUCUGCAACCCUGGAAGCACGUCAAGAGUGAAAAGGCUGACUAUUCAUGAGAAACUUGCUGUAGAGUUCCAUGAACGAAAAAUGCAAUAUUUAAAAGACGAACAUGAGCUCAAGAUGAAAAUCCUCCAAGUGGAGUUGUCUGUCAAAGAGAUGGAGAGAGACAUGAUACAACGGCAGCAGCAACAUGUCAGUGUUUAUUGUAACAGUGCCCCUGUUGAUCUUGUGCAUUUGUGAAAUAAAAAUUUUACAGCACAAUCUUAUUCCAAAACAAAAUGUAUUCAUUAUUGAGCCAAUCUAAUCUGUUCAUCUCAAGUACUCUCAAAA